AUGGUCCACCGCCAAAGCAAGCUGAUCCAGUCGAGCUCUUUGUGGAAGAGAUUCUUUGCUCUCUCCCGGACUUUGUCGCCACACGUCAAGACGAGCUCCACCAUACUCAAAGCAAAUUAUGGCGAGUGUAACCUUCUGCUGGAAUACUGUACCAAAGGCUGGCCCAGGCAGUCAAGGCUGCUGUUUCACGUCAAAAGGUACUGGCAGCUUCGUGGAGACCUCAGUAUCUGGGAGAAGCUACUUCUAAAAGGGGUCCGCAUUGUGGUGCCGUCGACUCUUCAGCAUUCCAUAUUCAAUUUCAUUCACGACUGGCAUCAUGGUUUUUUCCGAUGCAAAGCCAUUGCUCGAGAAUCGGUGUGGUGGCCUGGAGUAAACAGCCACAUCGAGACCCUCGUCUCUAACUGCGCCAAGUGCACAGAAACCCAUGUACAACUUGCAGAACUAAUGAUGCCUUUCCAGACUCCAAGUCUUCCCUGGGAGGAAGUGGGAGUAGGCCUUUUCCACCUGAAAGGUCAAGAUUAUGUGUUGCUGGUUGACUACAGGUCAUGCUUCCCUGAAGUCAUCAGUCUGUGCUCUAUCACAAUACCUGCCAUCACCACGGCCAUCAAGAGAGUCUUUGCGCGCCACAGCAUUCCUAGUGUUGCUCGCAGUGACAACAGUCCACAGUUCUCAUCCAAAGACUUCUCUACCUUUGCGCAGGCUUACGGGUUCAGGCAGGUCACCAGCAGCCCACAUUUCCCACAGUCCAAUGGUGAGGUGGAGAGGAUGGUGUGA